AUGAACAACGGGGAGUAUUUUCUCCAGAAUCCGGGUGUAAGGCCGGCUUCGGCAAUGAUAAAUGUUGGUAAUGGAAGACAAGCAACUAUUACCAGACCGGGGGCCUUCCUCAUUACCCCGGGGCUUGCUUUCUCCCUGGUAUCCGUGCACGUUCUCGCUAGCCUGGGUGUUGGCUUCAACAGAUUCGAGCCCACCUCCAACCUUAUUGGUUAUAUUGCCAGUGCCUCCGGCCGAGACGUCCUCGCAAUUGGAAUCGUGAUGCUAGAGGUCAAAUUGAGGGUGCCGGUUAACGCUCACCUGGUCCCUCGGUUCAAUGGCCGCGUCAGCUUCUCGUCUAUCAAGAACCCCAAAUACUAG